AGAGAAAAGCAAACUGAACUUUAACCAACGGACACUGCUGUAAGCAAGAGGGAUUCCUUUUAUUAUGGCUCUUUCAGUGGGAAGUAAUGAGAUUUGUUCAUUAGUGGUUCGGCGCCAUUUUCUGCCAGGCAUGGAAGAACUUGUGAGCUUUGCACAGAGUCUGAUAGAAGCCAGGACAGACUUGAGCGCAUGUCACAAAAUGAAGAGGCACAUUUUGAGUGCAUCACAAGAAAUGGACGAGGCUCUGGAAGAGCUCAAGGGAGGCCUGCGUACCAUUGAUGCCAAAUCUGUUGAGCUGGUAGCACAGAAGAAACGCUUGGAGGAUGAGAGACAAGCACAGACCCAGCAGCUGAGUAACUUAAGGCACCGACUGGACUCCCACAGAAACUCAAAAAGCAGGUCCAUGGAGAUGCUGGACAUGGCUCGGAAGCAUCUUGAAGAAAUGCAGCGGCAGGUCUCCCAAAAGAAAGCGGAAAUAGAGUACAACGAGCAGAUACGAGACAUCGGCAUUGGACUAAUGUUCAUCCCUAUUGUGGGGCAGAUUGCGGGUGGCAUCAUGAUUGGUUGUGGCCAGGCAGCUGUGGAGGAUGCAGAGAGAGCAAAGAGGGAUGCAGAAGCUGAAGUUAAUCGCCAUUCAGCAGACGUUGACCGGCACUCAACUGAAGCCUACAGACUGCAGGAUCUGGAAAGAGAAGCUGAAUCAAAUAUUCAGAUGAGCGAAAGGAGGCUCUCUUCCAUUCUGUCAGAACAAAAACAACUGGCUUCCCAGCAAGCAGAAGUAGUGCUCUUUCAGAACACCCUGAGAAAAUGUGUGACCUUCUUAGCUGUGUUGGCAGGGAAAAGGUCAGUGACCUUUGAGGACGUGGCCGUGUAUUUUACAGAGGUGCAGGAGGCUCUACUGGACCCAGAUCAAAGGGCUUUGUAUAAGGAGGUCAUGAUGGAGAAUUAUGGGAACGUGGCCUCUUUGGGUAAGAAACUGGGCUUCAGUACUCAGUAA